AUGAUUCUGGGUUUCUUCUAUGGAUUUUUUCUGAGCCUAAUUCUCUACCAUUUCGUCAUUGUCGAUUUAGAAUUUACUGAUCAAACCACUCACCUAAUGGGCAUCGUUAUCAGUCUAUUUUUGAGCAUCGGCCACGCCAUUUCACAACAAGUUCGGUGUUUGGGACUUUUAGCGAUGCCGACGUUCUGUGACAAGUCCGGCCAACGCGUACUGGUGACAAUGGUAUUUGCGUACGUAAUGGCCGGCCCUCUGAACAACAUAAUGAGAAACGGAUCCGAAGUAAUCAGAGUGUUCACCUGCUCCAGUGARYUGGUAUAUAAUUUGACCAAGGUCCGAUAUGAACUCAUGUUCAAACCGUUUCAGGAAGCGCUGUUCAACCUCAAGGCUGAAACGAACGAGAUAAAAGAAACCAUAAAUUCUAUCAACGAUGUGAUAGAUCCGAUUCGACAGGAAUUCGAAUCAGACAGCGACGGAAUAGUACUACACGAGAGAAACGACUACUUAGACGAUCUGGAAAUGCAAGACAUCAUAAACCGGGCGGACGACAAGUGCAAGGCAGCGUUUCAGAGUAGCUUUAACACUUGCAAAAACUCUGUACACUGGUCCGUGAAUUGGGCUCUUUGCUGGCCCAUGCAAGUCACUUUCGUCUGCAACCUUGCACCACUGUUUGGYGGCGGAGACGUGUGCAAUUCCGGGAAGUCGGUAAAUUCCGGUUUUGGCAAGGGAUACGUGUUCCUGACAAAGUCCAAGGACGAAUUAAAACGAGAAUUCCUACACGUAAAAGUCAAUUACAAGUUGAACAAAGUGAAAAUAAUGYAUUUAGGUUUUUUUGUUGAAGAGCACCAAUAUCCUAAUWUUGUUUUUGGAUUAGUCUGUUCACAGUUCAAAUCGUUGGUAAAAUUUUUGUUUGAAAUUAUCGCUGCCUCGUCAUUGGUUCUAUUGGAUAUCGUGUUUUACGAAGCAUUGGACGUGAUCAGAAGACACGCAAAAAUCGAUUACUUCCAAACCGGACAUCACAACAUGUACAUUAAAGUCAAGGGCACCGGUAUGAUCGCUAACUUACUCAGGUCUGUCGUGGAAAGGUUCAAUUUCAGGAAAAAUAUCACCGUCAACCUUAGCAACGAAAUUUGUCUUCCGAAUCCGCACAAGUUGGACGCGUAUUACAUGCACAAGAUAUACGGCACGUUAAUGCUGGUGUUUGUCAUGACCGUAUUCGCCGGGUACUCGGGCCGGCUAAAACGACUGAUCUGUGCGGUAUUCUUCAGGAAGAGAGAAAAACGACGCGUGCUGUACCUGUACAACGAGACAUUAAGGAAGCGAACGGCGUUCUUUAGGUACAUGAAGCAAAAGGUGUCGAAGUUGGCCCGCGAAAACAAAUUAUCGGAAGAUCUUGACGUUUUUCUGAUGUUGAGACUAAAGUUCCCGACACUAUUCGGUUGGCUGACGUGGUUUGCGUGUGGCCGUCGAAAAUGUUUGAUUUGUGGUGAACUAGAAACGGUUGCCGGCAAACAGUAUGGUUGCAACACCGUCGGUUGCGUUUAUAUACACUGCGAACAAUGUUGGAAAGAUGUUGGCGUCUGUUAUGCCUGUUCAGACACAUUCAACAAAGAAGACGACGAAUACAAUUUAGAAGUGGAUGUUACUACCGACGGUUAUGUCGACACUGAUUAUUAG